UGUAGUUCCGCUUCCGGGUGGAUUUAAAUUCCAGGUGAAAGUUGGCGAGUUAAUAUUGUUUUGUUUUGAAGAGUACAGAAUAGUAAGGUCGCUGGGAUCGGUUUAUCGCAUCACAGCUGAGGAUCUUUAUGGUUUUCUACUAGUCAGUCAGUGCUGCUUCCAUAAUGAUUACCUCAAAAUAGAAGCAGAUUUUUGAAUGACAUUUGUACUGAAUUUCUGUAUAGGAUAAUGAUGAAGGAAGUAUGGUAACAAAGAUACUUCUUGGAAGAAUUGACUUUCUGUUAGGUAACAUGAAGAAUAUAUACUGAGAACAAACUAGACUUCUCGAUCAGCAUUAAGCUCUGUGUUGCACCAUGACCCAGGAGGUGCAGGAUGAGUUUGGAGAGAGCCUGGAGAGUGCCCAGGCCUGGAUGCUGGCUGUCCAGGAGAGAUUGAAAGUCAAUGACAAUACCCAAGGCCCCAGGGCAGCCCUGGAAGCCAGGCUGAGAGAAACAGAGAAAAUCUGGGAGUCGGAGCAUGAUGGCAAAGUUAAGAUGGAUAUUGUAUUUGUGGCAGGGGACGCUGUUCUGCAGUGCAGCGAUGAGGACCAGAAGCACAAAACACUCUCCAAACUAAAAGAAAUAAAAUCACUGUGGGAAGAAACAUGUACAUACAUCAUCCACUGUCACAGCCGUAUUGAGUGGGUGUGGCUGCACUGGAGUGAGUACCUGAAGGCCCAUGAAGAGUUUGGGCUGUGGCUGGGGAAGAUGAAGAUGACUCUUGAACCCAACCUGGAGCUGCAGCUGGGCUUGAAAGAGAAGCGCUGGCAGCUGGACCAUCACCGCGUCCUGCUGAGUGACACCGAGAACCAGGCCAUCCUGCUGGAGAGGCUGCUGGACGAGGCAGCCAGCCUGUAUAAUCGCACCCAGGACCCCAGUGUGGACAGCGAGGCCCAGGAACGUCUCAAAGACAGUUAUGAAGAGAUCAGAACCAAGGCUCAGGAAAGAAUGAAAUUACUUGAAAAAAUUGUAGAGGAACACCAGCUUUACAAAGGUUCUACUGAUAAAUUCAGAGUCUGGCUGCGCUCCAAGGAGGAAGAAAUCGCCCAGUGCAGUGAAAUGACAGAUUCAACAGAUGAAAAACAGGAGACAUGGAAGGACAUUCUUAAAAGUGUUAAGAGCGAGGAGAAGACUUUACAGCACAUUGAAAGGUUGGCUGAGGCUGUGAAGAACAGUACGUCUCCACUGGGAGCAGAGAAGACCACGAAGGAGGUGGAAGAGCUGAGACAAGCCUGGGAGAGCCUGAGGCUGGCUUGUGAACAGGAGCAAGAGAGACUAGAGAACACUGUCCGUAUUCAAUCAGAAUACAGAACCAAGGUUCUCAAGAUGAAAUCUGACAUGGCAGAACUCAGAAAGCUAGUGCAGAAGCUUAACCAAGACUUGGAGUUCAAAGACGUGGAAAGAACAGAAGAGCAAAUGGUAGCUCUGUGGAGAAAAUUUAUGGCAAUCAGGACAGCUCUGGCAGUGGAAGAGUCACGUGUUGAGAGGCUGAAAGCUCAGCUGAAGGAGUUGUUCAGGUUUUCUCAGAAUGUGAAGCCUCAUUCUGAUGAUGUUCUGGCUGCAGUGAAGGAAUAUCACAGUGUGAAAGGAAAGGCAUUUAAACUGUCGACGGAGACAGAGAGCAGUCUGAGGCAGAUCUUCCAAGAUCCUCUGCGAAAGUUUGUGCAGUGGAGGCCCUCAGCAUUGAAAGUUCUUGAGAAUUCUUCAGAAGUUACAGAUUUUGCACUGCUCAGCAUGCACAUGCAGCAGAUUGAGACAUUGCUGUGUCAAAGCUCUCAGUUCCAGGAGAGGCUCAGCCUCUUGCAUGUAAAGCAGGAUUUGCUGGGCAGCAUCUUUGUUGAGGAGAAGGCAAAGGACCUGAAGUCAGAUCUUGUUGGAGCUAUAAAAGAGAGAGAACGCCUUCACAACAGACUACUCCAAACGAAGAGCCGGCUGCAGAGUUUAAUGUCAAGAACAAAGGAUUUUGAUGUGGCUUAUGGAUCAUUCCUGAAACAAUUGGAUGAUAUCAGGGUGAAAAUUGAAGCUGAGAAUGCCCUGCAGCCUGACAUCCUGACUAAAAAGGCUCAGUUUGAACGAUUGGAGAUAAUUCAGAACGAUUUAGUUGACUUUGAAGCUCACAGUCAACAGCUGGAGAGUUUGGUUUCCUCAAACCCCGCCUACAGAACUCAAAUCGGCCAGCUAUCAGCUGACUGGAAAGCACUUCAUAGAUCCUUAAAGAUUAAACUUCAGGCAAGCGAACAUGCUAUUUAUGAGCAUGAAUGUUUUCAUGGGAACUUGCUGAACCUGGAACAUUGGUUGAUGGAAACCAAACAGAAACUGGAGUUGUUUCGGAGUUCAAAUAGGGAGUGGAACAUUGAGAACCACCAAGCUGAGGUUCAGAAAUUGCUUGCCGAGUUCUCUGAGAAGGAUAUCGAGCUUCACCAGGUUGAGUCUCAAGGAGAUGCUGUGCUGACAAAAACAUCUUCUGAAGGCAGAGUGCACAUACAGAGAGACCUGGAGCAGCUGAGGGAAUCGAGGGCUUCCCUGCUGAGCAGUAUCACCAGCUUGCGAAGCAAAAUCCAAGCUGGAGGGGGUAAUGAACUCAGUAUUGAAGUAACUGAUCAUGGAGCUGAAGGAGGAAGUGGUUUCAGAGCUGAAGGAUAUUAUGACUCGAGACGUGGAAGUAAUGAACUCCGAGUCAAUAAAGUCAGUGCUGGAGAUGUACCUGAUUUCAGAAGGGAAGGAGAUUAUGACCGAGAUGAAGGUGGUAUCGAUUAUGAAUUUAAAAAGACAGGCAGUGAACGAGGCUUUGAAUACAGAGGUGGACAUUACGCAUUAAAAAGAGAGGGUGAAUAUGACCAAUCUGAGGGAGGAGGAGGUAUCCAAGCCAGAAAUGAAUAUAAAGAACACAGAAGAAAUGAUUUCCAAAAGCAGGGAAGCAAUGAAGUUCAAGGAAACCUUGGCGUGAAAUUCAGAGGUUCAGGACAACGCAUCAAAGUGACAACAGACACUCCUGAUGGAUACACCAUGGACGGCGCACAAGAAAUCCAAGGUCGCAGUGACUACCAUAAACUGCAGAAGCAAUUUGAAGAGUGGCUGAGAAGUGAAAACGGCAAACUAACCAAGAUUUUAAUACGUAAAGAGUCCCUGAGUAGUAAAGAACUGAAAAGCAGGCAACAGGGACUUAAGGAGCUACGGUCACGCAUCUCUAUGGGGCAGGAUCUAUUUCAGUCUUUGCUGAAGUCAAAAGGAACUAAAAUGGGUGCAGAUGCACACCUGGAGGACCUGCGCUACCAGUGGAUGCUCUAUAAAUCUAAACUGAAAGAUGUUGGGGACCUUAGGGUAGCUGCCCAGAGACAUGGACCUCUGGAUGAGCCUAUCAGGACAGAAAAGAGACGAUCGGGUUUCCUGUACCGGGUGUGCUGUGCUGCCCUGCCCCUCCAGCUCUUACUGCUUGCUCUCUUACUCCUGGCCUUCCUGCUGCCCCUAGUGGACGAAGGAGCCAGCUGCUCUCUGGCCAACAACUUUGCCCGAUCUUUCAGUUUGAUGCUGAGAUACGAUGGACCACCGCCAACAUAAUCUUAAUCUGCACUGCUAGCGGAUAAUGGGAUUGUUUUUCUUAUACUGUGUACUGACUGACUCAAAGAGGGCGAGUGCUAACAAAACACAUUCAUUAAUAGUAUACUUUUUAAUUGUGUUCCUUGGAGGCCUGUGGCUCGUUUUCCGAGACUUAAGUCAAGGAUUUGCCUUGUUGUUUGAUUUCUUCUGGUGAAAUCGGUCAUUGUUAAAUUUAGUGAAAGACGUGUGAGGAGUGUGGGUGUGUAUGUGUGUUAGUGUAAAGAGACAGUCUUGCCUUCAAUUCCUUUGUCAUUAAUUGUAGAAAGGCAAGGCACCCCUCUAGCCUGUUAGUCAGCAGAUUCAAUCUUAAGCGAGGUUGGAACACUUUGGACCUCACUCUAGUGGAAUUUCCAGUAGUAUGAGCUUCUUGGCAACCUGUUUGCUAAACUUCCCUCUAAUAAAAUAUGCCCUCAUUAUUAAGAGAUGUUGAAGAGAAUGUUUUAUUCUUAUAAGAAGAAUGCAGAUAAAUGCUAGUCCUAAAACUUGAAUUCCCAAUGCAAUUGAUGGAGCUUGGGCAGCAGAUACCACUUGAGAAUUGUUAUUCAAAUAGGGCUAUUUGUACUUGUCAACAUUAUAAAAGCACCCAUAGGUUAUAUGGGGAGCCACUUCAGUUUUGUUGAGGUUGCUUAUUCAUACAAUAUAUUGAGCAUAACAUGACGUAGUAUUAUACAUUGUAUUUUUAUAUUGUAGAUGCAAAAAAACUGAACAUAUAUUUGGAUGCUGUAUAAAACCAUUAUUUGCUUUGUAUCAAUUAAGCCCUAUUUCCAAAAGAGGGGAAUAUGUACUUGAUUGAAAUCAUAGUUUAUGUAGGCCUAUUUUUUUGUACUUUUACAAAAAGCCAAAGAGGUUGACUUCUAACUGCACUUAUAAACAUUAUUUUACUAAUUCAUCUGUAUAAUUAUUGUAUCAAAUGGUUAAGUAAUAUGAAGUAUUCAUAAACUUAGAGCAUUUGUCCAGUUUUCAAAACUGCUGGUGUCAUUGUGUUGCACUGCAAAUCCAAAGACUUUUUAAAAUGAAUGUAGUGAGCAAUCAACAUUGACUCAAUAACAGAGAGAUUAAUUCAUUUCCCCCUACCUGACAGCACAUGGUAGUGAGAACAACUUACUCAGUUACAUUUAAUAAUGAUGUUUGUCCUCUGUCUAUGGACAGUUCUGAAGGGUAAAUGAGAGAUAUGUAUGUGUGUGUGUGUGUAAGCAUUUCAAAUCGUAACAUUAAUGUGCUUUUAGUUAUGGUAAUAUGAAGAUUCUAGUGCUUACACAUCCUUUGCAGCUGGAUGUCUUUUGUUUUAAACUUUUUAUUUUUUUAUUUUUAUGUGAUGCUGCAUAUGUAAAAAGGGUCAGCACUGCUUACAGUAUUUCCUUUUUUGAUCAAAUUCCUACUUUCUUUGGGCCUUCUGCCCCUUUGUCUAUUUGGCAGUAAUCCAGACUGUUGCAGAAAUAGUUGAACUAAACUUUUUUUUUAGUUUGUAUUACUCAGUUGAGAGCAAGGAAUUAAUAUCUGAACAAACGCUGUACAAAAUUAUUUUGACAGAUUGAUAUACUAUGGUGUAUUAACUUUCCAUUUUUAACCUUUUUUAGUGUUUCCCUGUGCCUUUUUAACUAGUGUGUGUCAAGGACUCCUAUUGUAUAUUAUCAAAUAAUUACUAUAUAUAUACAAUAUACAGCUUGUCCUGUAAAAUAUUUUAAUUGGAGGAAAACAUUGUAUCAACUUUUACAUCCACUAUUAAAUAGUUUAGUACCAUUUACAGGUGCUAUGUGUGUAUAUUAGGUGUAUCUAUUGAGUACAAUUAUUAUAUCUUGAGUUUUCAUGUCCGGUGUCUUAUACAUCAUGUAACAGAUCAAAGUUGUAAUUCUUAAUACAUUUAUUUUUUGAUUCUCAUAUUGUACUAUUGAAAGUAAAUUAUGUACUCUACGGGUAAAGAAAGAAAGAGGGAGAUAGCAUUUUGGAAAGAUUUAACCACAAUUUAAGAAUGUUAUUCCUGACAAUCCAUAUUCUGUGUAUGGCUACUUGUUAAAAUUGCAACAUAACAAUAUGCUCUAUAGUAUAACAUAUGUGGUUAUUAUUUAAACAAUACCUUUUGUAUUUUUUUUUUUAAACUUCAAACAGUCUCAUACAUUAUAUCCUGAAGUUUGAGGUCAUGUUGAAUGCAUAUUUGCUGGUAUGUUUUACACGGUUGCUAAAUAAUUAAAGGCUUUGCAUUGUGUAAACAAAA